UGUCUCCCGCUUUCAUCUUCCUCGCUCCCCGCCCGCCCGCCCCCUCGUCGUCCACCUCGCCGCGCACGUUCGCCCCACCGUCCGCGCGCACAUUCCGCAUCGCCAACACACUCGCGAUCUUCGUCACACAUCCGGUCAUUGUCGAGUCUCCGUGCUUUUGAUCACCGUCCUCCGUGAACUUUGGGAAACCGGGAGUUGCAAAUAUCCAUUCACCGCCAAUGGAGCCUUCGCCAACCGUCCCUGGCCCCAUCGACUCAAAGGCGGGAAAAGUGCCCGUCGUUCGUGGGGCCCGCGCGUGCAACACAUGUCGGAGUGCAAAGAUGAAGUGCGUGGGCGCAGGAGAGGAAGGGGGAAAGUGCCAGCGAUGUAGGCGCGCAAAUGUCGAAUGCGUUUUUGAGAAGCAUCGCCGCGGGAGGAAGCCUGGUAGCAAGCUAUCUGAGGCGUCCAAGAUGCUCCGACGGCUUGAGAAAGGCCUCAAUAGCGCGAAGCUCAAGUCCCACAGUCAGGAGGGCCUCGCGGGUGGCUCGGAAGGGCGAAGCCCAUCUCAUCAAGGAGAUCCCUCCUUCGGUACACACUUUCCUGGAAAUCAGCUGCCGCCCCUGAGCCAUCUGUACGAAUCUGGCGGGCACAUGCCGGACGAGGACGACGCCGAUACGUCUAAGCCGAACAUAUUUCCUCGCAACCUCGUGGAGAACAAGCGAACCUUCUUCAGUACUAUUCUCAAUCCGGCGGACCAGAGUGCACCCAGCCAAGCAGGGUCACCUGCAUCCCAGCCAGAGGGUUUUCCUCCUUCUCCGCCCCGUUUGCCGCCUCUUGGCCCCGACGCUCUCCGCGAUCCUGUCGCCGCCGGUAUCUUGGACGAGAAGACAGCCAGCGAUUUCUUUGACAUGUUCUAUCUGCGUCUGAAUCCCUUCAUCAACCUGUUUGACCCGGAACUGCAUACUGUCAACUAUGUCCGCAGCCGGUGUCCUUUCCUGUUCACCACCAUGUUGAUGGCCGGCUGCAAGUUCUUUGCGCCCGAGAAGUACAAGGAGGUGCAGAAGCUGGCCCACGAGUUCGCCGUGAAAGCGUUUGCGGAGGGUUGGAAGCGCGUCGAGGUCAUUCAGGCCUUCGCCUGCCUCACAUACUGGAAAGAACCUGACGAUACGCGCACAUGGACCUACAUCGGCUACGCGUGUCGUAUGGCCGUAGAGCUCGGAUUGAACCGCUACAUUCGUCAUCGGCCACCCCAUGAAAGCGACAUGCAACUGCUCGAGCGCCGUAACCGGGAGCGCACCUACCUCGUGCUCUUCGUCCACGAUCGGAGCCUGAGCACGCAAACGGGCAGGCAUUACAUGCUUCCCGACGAUGAGUUCAUCCGCAACUCGACGACGUGGCACGAUGAGGGGGCUGGCGCGCUACGACCAUCGGACGUGAUCGUAUCCGCGUUCGUCCAGUUAAGGCGCCUGGCGUCCGAGACGACGGAAAUGUUGUACAACAACAAGGGUGGCGGGUCCCAUGGUGCGCACGCGGACGUCAACUACGACAUGGUCUUGCGCGGGUGCAACAGCAAGCUGACGCAAUGGUCUGAGCACUGGCAGCAUGAGAUGCAGCGCGCGAACGGCGCCCCAUUCCAUUUCUCCUUCCUGAACUUCUUCCGUCUCUAUGUUCGCCUCUUCCUGAAUUCCUUUGGGCUGCAAGAAUCUAUGAUGCCGGGGAGUCACGUUGCGCCUAGCCUUCAAACAUUAUCGGCAUGCUGCACUAGCGGUCUUGAUUCCCUCAAAAUUGUAUCUCACGAUUUCGCGGCGACGAAGAUGCUCCGUUAUGGCCAGGAUUCUAUCACCGUUAUGACGGCCUACGCUGCCGUGUUCCUACUGAAGCUGCUACGAAACCCGAACACGAUGGCUCAACUGCAAGAGGGCAAUGCGCAGGAAAUACAUGCGCUGAUCUCGAGGACAGCGGACGCUUUCGCUGACGCCUCUGGGUCGUCCUCCGCGUCGGAAGGAACCGAAUACCAUGCACGCUUUCUACGGAGUUUGCUUCAGGCCGACAUGAUGAGGGCACGUCAGGCUGAAAGGGACCGCUACGACCGUAGUCCCCCGAUCGACCCCCGAUUCCAAGCUGGCCUGCCCUCUGCACCGCCGUUGUCUGACGCCAUGUACGCGCCGCAGCCUCAGGCGGCGCAGCCGCCUGACGCAUACGGGCGGUACGCAACGUCCGUGCUGCCGACGCUGCAGGACGCGCAGUACAUGGGCGACGCGCGGGGCAUGCCGAUGGACGAUCCUUCCCGGUACGCUAUGUCCUCCUUCACCACGUAUCCACAGCACGCUUCAGAGAUGGAUCGGCAGUACUGGCGGCAGAUGUUCAUGGAUAUCGGGUUUGGGGAUACCGGCUUUAAUGUUACGACCGAUGCGCCGCCGUUUAUGGAGCAGCCACAGCAGCAGCAACAACAGCAACAGCAACAGCACCAGGCUCAACACCUGCAGUCGCUGUCGAUGCCUCCACCGAUGUCGUCGUACUCUCCGCACGGCCAUACUGCCCACGCUCAUCAUCGUCAAGGUCUGCCUCAGCACCUUCAACCGCACCCCAUGAUGUCCCACCUCGGCCCUUCGUACCACCCCUCCGCCUCGCCGUACGGACGCUAAUAGCAGUUGAGCUGCUCAUUGUCUGCAUUCCUCGUCAUCAUCCUUCCUCAUGUUUGCUUUCCGAACUGUAACUAGUAGUAGAAUUGUUCUGUGAUCUGUCUGGUCUGUUUGUUCGCUAUCGCAUCUUGUACGCUUACUCGUCGUCAGCCCCUUACCUUAAUAUCCUUGUGUAGUCUAAUUUAUUGUACGCGCUCUAGCAUCGCAAGUCAGGACUUGUAAUUCCCUAGCACGAAUAUUCUGAAUCGAUGUAUACUUUGUGUAGAUCAAUCUGGUGCUACUUAGCAGACGCGACUUCGCUCGCCCGACGUCCCCACAGUCGAACUCUGAGUAUGAGCCUACUUCUCCGCAGACCCG